UUCUCAACAAAACUCGGAAAGAAGCAAGCCUAUAAAUUCUCUUCAACCUAACAGCGCCAAAGUUCCAAUUUUAACACAUAUCUGUAACAUUCAGCUAUUUGAUAUUGUAUUCACCUCCAAGGCCCAAGAAACCCCAACUUCUAAUCACCCGGAAGCUGUCUCUUUUAAGGUUUCAAUAGAGACCUGA